UGUGUGGUGAUGUAUGAUGGUUCAGAUGAGCAGGGAAGAGUUUGUAAGCACUGGAAGAGAACUGCACAUCCUUCCCUUGUCCUCUACUUACCAUGCACUCUUCCCACUAGUCCUCUUUGAAACUGAACUCAGUGUCUCUCAGCCUCCCACCCUUACGGCCUUACUGCUCAUUAUUAUACUCAUACUCUGUCAUCAUUUUGUUUGCAUGCAUAUUUACACUACAGUACAGGUACAGUGUACAGCGCUUUGUAUGGCUGAUUGGUGCUUGGAUGUGUUUCAGUAUUACUGCUGGUGUGUUCUUUCUUUCACUGUCUUUGGUAUGGUGGUGUGUGUGACUGACCAUAUGGUGCAUAGAUUGUGCCUUAUUUUGCCUCUCAUGUGCUAACUGUGCCUCCAAGUAGCCAGUAAGUUCCAGCGCCAGUCCCAGCAGUAAGGCUAGGCAAGCUAGAGUACCAAUAACACUCACAAACAAAGUACAAAUCGUUAAGAGACACAGCAGUGGUGAGCGAGUUACCCUCCCUGAUGCAUUAGCUACACAUUGAAUACUUGUGUGUCCUUGCUGAGCAGUCAUGAACAACUUGCUUAUUGGAUCCCUUAUGUGUGGAGCUUCUUGCUUUGGCUGGAUGGGACUUUUCUAUUUUUCCAACCACUUGCUGACCUGCUACUUCAGAGCCAAGAAGUGGAAUAUCUCUAUGCACCACACAAUGAAUAUGAGUGAAGCCAUUGUGUCCAGCAUACAGGCUUUUGUGUCCACUGUAUGUGGAUUUGUGGUGGUGGUUGCUUGCAGGCAUGAUGUGAUGAGAGCUGCCCAUUCCCUUGCUUCAGGGUAUGUCUGGAUUGGAGGGAGCUACUUUAUCUAUGAUACUAUAGCAAUGUACAAGGUCCAUCUGGCAAGCUUGGCUGAAGCUCCCAAGUGUUUGGCAGGACGAGUGAACAGCUACUUGAGGAGGAGAACCUUACUUGUCUUGCAUCAUGUUGUUGUGGUCACAGUCUUGAUGCCGGUGUUGAUCUACAGAAAUGGAAUUGGGGAUUUCUUUGUUGGCUGCUUCUACUGUGUGGAACUCAGUGGACCCUUCACAAACAUGCGAGUAGUGUUAAGCAGACUUGGUCUCAAAGCAUCAAGGUGGUACACCGUAAAUGGAAUUCUCAUGAUCAUCACAUUUGCAUUGUGCCGAGUGGCCAUCUUUCCCUACAUGUACUUUGCUUAUGGAGCACAAUAUGGCCUGGACAUUUUCCAAGUAAUGAAGAAGAUUCCAUUACACUGCAAUCUUGGCUCACUGUUGGUGCUCCUGCCACAGAUCCACUGGCUAAGGCUGAUGGUGCUGGGGGCAUUCAAGAUAUCCCGAGGUGCUACCCUCACUGAAGCUGAUGAAAAGAUUGAUUGAACUACAGUUUAAUGCAACAUCAACUGUAAUGUAGUGAGAAAUUUAGAGUGCAUGGUGCUGCAAAGCCUAACCAUUGAGCACAAAAACUGCUAUAAUGUUGACAGUAAUCCACUUUCCUGAAAAGAACAAGCUGGCAGUAAUGCACUGGUAUUACUAAAUAAAUGGUUGGGUACCAAAUGUAGAACUGCCAAUACAGGAGUUACACCUACACUCUCCACUGUGUUGUGAUAAUGGUUAAACUAGUUAGCCAAUGGUGUGCUUGUAAAUAAAUGUAGCUGCAGAAAAUAAUAAUGAAUUGGAGGAGAUUGGGAAAAAAAUCCUAUUAUGGAAGCAAGAAUACUGAUGGAAAUAUUCCACUUUCUUAAUCCUAGCAGCAUUUUUUUUUUCCGGAAAUGUAUGGUACAGAGAAAAAUAGUUGGACAUGGUACUGCAAAAAUAGCAGCUGAUAUAUGUUUUCAUGGUACCAUUAAUUCUUACAAAAAUGUAAACAGACCACAUAUUCACACAGCUGUUGUAACUACAUAAGAUAGUUAUAUACUACUUCCAAGAAUAUGUGUAUUGUCAUGCCUUGCUAUUAUCACACCACACAUUCCCCAUGGACACCCCACCCUUCCUCCUGCAUCAUGAUACCUUGCCCACGACCACAUCAGCACACACCAGUGAUGAAUCGGAUAUUUGCUUCUGCCUCUGCCUCCUCAGACCCUCUACAGUGAAAUUAUUCAGUGCAUCUGCAAGUUAAAACAAAAAAAAGAUCUGCAUCAGUAUCUGCUACACCAUUUUCAGACAACAAUAGCUCUGCCUUCACCACUGUGUCAAAGAAAUGUGGAGAUUUUUAAUCUGUGUGUGUGUGUGUGUGUGUGUGUGUGUGUGUGUGUGUGUGUGUGUGUGUGUGUGUGUGUGUGUGUGUGUGUGUGUGUGUGUGUGUGUGUGUGUGUGCGCACGUGUGUGUUUGUGCGUGUGUGUGUGUGUGAAAGGAUGAAUGAGGGAGAUGGACUGAGAGUGUGAAGGACACUGAAACUGGAAGUAAGAGAGAAAGAGAGAGAGAGUCAUAAGCAUGAGAGUUGAAGUAGUCUAAGUUUCAGUGAGUGCCGGUGAGCAUAAACAUAAGUUGAAUAAAAAAAAAAAAAUCAUGAGUGACUUGAGAGGUUAUUAGAGUGAAAAUGACUGUGGAUAAGAAGGAAUAAGUGAUGAGUGAGUUAAAGUCACCAUGAAGGAGAAAACAAAUGUGAGUUUGAUUAUGAAAAUAAGUAAAAGGUUAAGUGUAAGUGUAAGAGUGAGAAUGGGAAUGGAAGCAAGUGCUAAUUAGUCAGACUGAGUAAAAGUCAGUCAGAGUGAGAGAGAGAAUGCAAACAGGAGUGAGUAUGAAAGUUAACAAAAGACAAAGUGUGAGAGUGAGUUAGUAAGAAAGAUCCUCAGAAUUGCUAAAUAGAAUGAAACUGACUGAAUAUGGGAAAUGGCAUUGUACAAAAGAGUGAGGAAGGAUGAAGAGUGAAUGCUAUGAAAUGAGAGAGGGAGAGAUACAUGAUGUCUUGGGUCCCCAUCCCACAUCUUGGUAAUGCACUUAGGUGUACAGUAGCAGAAAAAAUGGCCUCUGUUGAAAACGACACUCAUCAAAAUAGUCGCACCCUAUCCUUUCUUAUAAUUCAUAUUUUUGUGCAUACAAAUUACAAAAAUAAAAUACCACAAAAUUGG